AUGGUUCCUCCCAAAGGUCCUACGGCGUUUCAACCAGGUUCCGGUGCCGCCGCCGACCCUUAUUCUCUUAUCGUCAAGAUAACGAAAAAAGUCUCUGCGCGGAUCGGUAGCGGUUCCGACGUUGCUGCGGCUGUUGGUGGAUGUGCUGCCGCCGCCCCGGCACCCACCCCCACCGUUUUUGCUCUUUCCAACCCCGGGCCCCCCACCUCCACUGAAGGUGUUGCUCCCGCUCCUGCUCCUGCUCCUGCCGCGUCGGAUGCUGCUGGUGUUGCACGGCGUUCUGCUCCUGGUUCCGCCCAUGCCCCUUCUCCUGCUGAUGCCUCCACUCCUUCUGCUGCCGCUGCCGCUGCCCCGGCCCCCGCCCCCGCCGCUGCUGCUGGUUACAACCCCAGGCCCCCCACCUCCACUAAAGGUCCGCUUGCCAUCCCCGCCUCUGCCGGCCCGGCACCUGCCUCCUCCGUUUCCAUACCUACCGCCCUCGACUUUGCCCCUAAGAUCGCCGAACUUGACUCAGAGAUCAGAGGAAUGAAGCAGCGGAGAAUAUUGGUGGAGGAAGCUUUGGAAAGGGGACUUUCGUACCUCGGUGUCGACGACCCCGAUCGUCUCUUUGGAUACCUGUCCAAGCUCUCCGGUGAGAUUACGGAGCUUCGCCGGGAGCUGGUGGGGCUUCGCAACCAGCAAAGCAGCACACACAGCGGCAAGCACAAGAAGCGCAGCAGGGGUGACGCUGGCGGUGGUGGCAAUCCCGCUGACUCAUCCGGUGGCUCUGGUCUUGCCGGUGGUGCCGGCUCCCCUGCUGCUGCAGCUUCAGGUAUUGCCGCCACUUCUCCUGGUGCCGCCGCCCCGGCCACCAACAUCGCCGCUUCUGCUGGAGACAGCCUCAGUGAACCUGCCUAUCAAGGUGCUGCUUCUCGAGGUGCCGCCACGGACCGUGCCGUCACCGGCCCCGACCCUGGCGACUUCACCAUCACGGCCCCUAACGCCUGCGGGUCAUCAUCUGGAGCGACCCAUGCCGCCGCUGCUGCCGCCGCUGAAGGUUUGGGAAGGACCCGAACCGCGGCUGAUGCCACUACGGCCCUCCCCCUAUCCGUCCCUGCUCCUGCCGUGGCUGAUGCUGCCACUACUUUAUCCGCUGCCCACACCGAACACGCGAGCGGCGGAGCAGCAGGACUGGUCACCAGGGUACUCGAGAGGAUUUGUGCGAAAGGGAGGACACAGCAGUAGCUGAGAGGUAGCUGGAGAGCUGUGAGGAAGCGAGCUUAGCCUGCUGCAGGUGUCGCACGAGACUCGGCAAGAGACGCGAGUGGUUCCUGGAUCGUAUUUCGUGCAGCUUACAGGGGGCGUGGAACCGUGCAGGGAACUGUACACUUUUCGUACCCCCAUGGAUUUGGUCGUGUAGUAUGCAAGAGGCAGUUUUCAGGGGGUGAUCGAACCGUGCGAGUAACUGUGCAUUUUUUUGGCAGGGUUCGUCCCAUAGGGUUUGGACCGUGCCGGAACCGUGCUUUAGUAUUUUUCAAGUAGUCUUGCACAGUUCGAGCACGGUUGGCGGUGUCGCAAAAACAGUUAUACAGGAGGAAGAUGGCACAAGUACGACUGCCUGGCGGGAGGAGCGGUAACUUCUUCAGACACGUUCGAUGCCGACUGGAACAGCUCGUCGCAGUGUAUGCUGGUGUACCUUAAGACUUCUUUGUGUGUCGCCACCCCACCGCUGUACACGCGACACGAGGAACAACAUCAUAACAGCCCUUCUGGGCGACAACCGGGCCACCGUCAUCACGCCGACGACAGCAGCCCUUCGGGCCGGAAUCAUCAACACCCCUUGCAGCACUUGCCACACAGCCCUUCAGGAAGGACUACAUCGCCCAGUGGCGCCCGUUCUAUCCACGAUCGCAGCUCCACGGAUGCCGGGGAUGCCGUCUUCGAUUCUUUUGGGGACAUGUGUAUCAGUCCCUCAGGCCGAACUUUUUAGUUGUUUGUCUUCCUGUGUCUACUGUAUGUAGACGUUGCAUUUCGUGAUACCCGAGGCUAGGAUGUAUGUGUUUGCGUAGUGUAGUAUCGGUUAAUUAAGGCCCUUCCCGUUCGCGACU